AAGCCGGGUAGAGGAAAAGCCCUUCCCACUGUCUGGAUCCCCGGGUUUCUGCAGAGAAGAUUUCGGAAGCAAACAGCUUGUUCCUCGUUGGGAUUUCCUGUGUGCGCCUGAGUUUGAGCGUGAGUGGUUGCGGUGCCCCCGCACAUCUGCUUCUGCAGGAGAUAAAUUUUAUUCAGCUGAGCCUGCAAGAUUGCGAGCUGUUGGGGUGUGAUUAGGAGUUGUUUCACUGUAGAGGUUUAGUUUAUCAAAGUCAAAAUGUCCCAUAAAAUCCAUGGUGGUUCUGUAGUAGAGAUGCAAGGAGAUGAAAUGACACGAAUCAUUUGGGACUUGAUAAAAGAAAAACUCAUUUUACCCUAUGUGGAGUUGGGCCUGCACAGCUAUGAUUUGGGCAUAGAGAAUCGUGAUGCCACCAAUGACCAGGUCACCAAGGAUGCAGCAGAAGCUAUAAAGAAGUAUAACGUUGGCGUCAAGUGUGCUACCAUCACCCCCGACGAGAAGAGGGUUGAGGAGUUCAAGUUGAAACAAAUGUGGAAGUCGCCCAAUGGCACCAUCCGAAAUAUUCUGGGUGGCACUGUCUUCAGGGAAGCUAUAAUCUGCAAAAAUAUCCCCCGGCUAGUGAGUGGAUGGGUAAAACCCAUCAUCAUAGGUCGACACGCUUAUGGGGACCAAUACAGAGCUACCGAUUUUGUUGUUCCUGGACCUGGCAAAGUGGAAAUGAUUUACACACCGAGUGACGGAACCCAAAAGGUGACUUACUUAGUACAUAACUUUGAAGAGUGUGGUGGCGUUGCCAUGGGGAUGUACAAUCAGGAUAAGUCCAUUGAAGAUUUUGCACACAGUUCUUUCCUGAUGGCUCUUUCUAAGGGUUGGCCUUUGUAUCUGAGCACCAAAAACACUAUUCUGAAGAAAUACGAUGGGCGUUUUAAAGACAUCUUUCAGGAGAUAUAUGACAAGCAGUACAAAUCUCAAUUUGAAGCCCAAAAGAUCUGGUAUGAACAUAGGCUCAUCGAUGACAUGGUGGCCCAAGCCAUGAAAUCAGAAGGAGGCUUCAUCUGGGCCUGUAAAAACUAUGAUGGUGACGUACAGUCGGACUCUGUGGCCCAAGGUUUUGGCUCUCUUGGCAUGAUGACCAGUGUGCUGAUUUGUCCGGAUAACAAGACAGUGGAAGCAGAGGCUGCCCACGGGACUGUGACACGUCACUACCGCAUGCACCAGAAAGGACAGGAGACAUCCACCAACCCCAUCGCUUCCAUUUUUGCCUGGACGCGGGGCUUAGCCCACAGAGCUAAGCUUGAUAACAACAAAGAGCUUGACUACUUUGCAAAGGCUUUGGAAGAAGUCUGUGUUGAGACCAUUGAGGCUGGCUUCAUGACCAAGGACUUGGCUGCUUGCAUUAAAGGUUUACCCAACGUGCAGCGUUCUGACUAUCUGAAUACAUUUGAGUUCAUGGACAAACUUGGAGAAAACUUGAAAAUAAAACUAGCUCAGGCCAAACUUUAAGGUCACACCUCAGCCGAGGACGCUACGGUUUCUUUUUGUUAACUAGGUCUACUGGUUUACAUUUUUCUGUAUAACUCUCAAGGGGUAAAGUCAAAAAUCAAUUUUAUAAUUUGUUUAGAAACCCGAAGUUUAUCUUUUCUAUAAGUUUACAGUCUUUUUCUUAUGCCUACAUUGUUACCUUCAUGAAUGUGGUAAGGGACUUUAUACUACUCGCACUUUUUCUCAUGUUCAGAAAUAAAUGACCAAAAUCAAAAGUGCUUGUUCUAAAAGGGUAAAUUCUAGCCACAGUACUGUUCCCUAAAACACGUGUAAAGUAGAAAUUCAUUCCUUUCCCUGCCUUGUUCCAUUACGAGAGAUGGCUCUGUAUAGGAGGCAAACAUGAUCUGGAACAAAGCACAUGUGUGCAACUAAAACAUGUUGAAGACACUUUGUAGUCAUUUUUGUAAAGAGUUCCUGUUGACUCUUUUGAAGAUGCUGAAUAUUUUUGAGGCCACAAGAGAGUUUGGAAUCCAUAUAAGUACUACCUGGAAAUUUGUCUUCUGUGUUUGUCCCCUCAUCUCCGGUGACCUGAGUAUUAUGCUACCUUCACUAGCAUAUUUCAUCCGAGUGCAGUAAUAGAAUCUGCCCCUUUUUGGAAUUCCACUAGUCUGUUUGUUUCUUUUAUAUAAAUGUAAUUUUUCAGAUGUUUAUGUUCAACACUAUUUUAGCCCUGUUCUUCAUCUGAACUGUUAAUUUUAAUUAAAAUUAAGUGCUAAUAUCUGUUAGAAA